CCCAUAUGGACAGAACAUUCAAAAUUAUUGAGGGGCGGGGCCUCCGGUGGUCUUCAUGGUUGCUAGCGGCAACCAAGGGAGCCAUCCCAUGCGUGUGCGUGCGCAAGCCGGGCUUGCCCAUGUCCUGCCGUACGACCCCUCGCGCCCAUUGAGAGACACAUGAAGGCGGGAGGGAGGGAGGCGGGCAGGCAGGGAGGGGGGGCACAGACGUGUAAGAGGGGAGGGAGGAGAGGGGCGGCAACAGAGAGAGAGAGAGAGAGAGAGAGAGAGAGAGAGGACGUCUGGGCGGAUUUGGCGCCGGUGGCGUCUUUGGCAGUCCAACACACAGCAAGCUGCUUAUUAGCGAGCCAUCUCCCAAACGGAUUUCUGCGCACGGAAAGCAGGCAGGAGUCCGAAGGAUAAGUAGGAUGCUGAGGAGCUUCCCUCCGCGCCAGCCUUCUCCACCCUGCUUUCCGUGAGCGGAGAGCGCAAGCUAACGGGAGGAAGCCAUCGCCAGAGAGCGCGAGGAAGAGGAGAGGGACGAAGGCCAGGCAAGGGAGGAAGGAAGGAAGGAAGGACUUUUCUCUGUUGCGGCUGCAGUCGCUUUCCACAUCGGAGAAAUGGCAGCGACGGAAGCCGGCGCGGCGCCCGCGCUCCAGGAAGAUGGCGACAACCCCGAGAGCAAGCAGACGCAGGCUGAAGAACCCGCCCAGAAAUCGGAGACCGGCGACAGCGAGGCGGCGGACAAAGACGGCGCUUUGGUCAACAGCGAGGUCAUCCCGACCAAAGACGGCGUCCAUCACGACGCCCCGGUAGAGGCGGCGGCGAGCGGCAAUGAGGAGGCGGCGGUGGUCGGCGGCGAGGCGCAAGCCGCCCGCGUCUCGGAGACUCACGAGCACAAGACCUCCUUCCUGGACUCCUUCCUGAACAAGAGCGGGCUGGGCAAGGUGAUGCCGGGACGAAAAAAGAAAGAGCCGAGCGCCGGCUCGGAGGAGAGCGCCGCCGACAAAGACCGAGAGACCGGCGCCGACGAGCCGCCGGCCGCCGCCGAGGGGGCGGAGGCCAAAGGGGUCGGCGAGGCCGAGGCCGCUGCCGACGAAGCGCCGGAAAACGGAGACAAGGAGGACGAGAAGAAGGCCAAAGAAUCCAAGGCUUCCGUUCGAGACCUGAUCAGGAAGCCGGUGGCCAAGAUCUUCUCCCAUCGCGGCACCGAGAAGAAGGACGCCGACGCCCCGGAAGCUCCCAAGCCUGUCAAGGUCCGCUCCAAGUCCCUGGACCGCCUGGAGGACGCCGAAGCGCUGCGCGCGGCCGCCGACGAGGCCGCCGCCGAGGCCGAGACGGAGGCGGACCCCAAAGCCUCCUCGUCUUCGUCGGCCGCCGCCAAGCACAUGAAGCGCUGGCACUCCUUCAAGAAGCUCAUGGCGCAGAAAGCGCACAAAAGGGGCGGCGGCGAAGACGGCGGCGGCGACGCGGAAGGGGGCGGAGACUCCUCCACGUUGGAUUCCAAGGACUCGGGCCAGAAGAGGUGGAAACUCAAGCGCUCCUGGACCUUCCAGGGCCUCAAGAGAGACCCGUCCCUGGCGGGCAUCGCCGGCAAGGCCAAGGAGGAGCGGGACGCCGAACCGGGCGCCGACGAGGAGGACCAGGCCGAGGAGAAGGCGGAGGAGGCCGGCGAGGCCGGCGGGGGGGCCGCCGUCACGCAGCACGCCAACGACAUCUGGACCUCCUUUAAGAAGCGCGUCAUCCCCAAGUCCAAGCGCGCCAACGCAGAGUGCGGUCCCGCUGGGGACCGGGACGCCGUGCCCCCCUCAGGCGAGGACGGCGCCGCGGAGGACGCAAAAGACGCAAAGUCCGCCAGGGCCAAGCGGCCCCACUUCGGCCGGGCCGUCUCCCUCAAGAACUUCAUCCUGCGCAAAGGCAAGUCGGCCAGCGUGGACGCCGGCGAUGCCGCCAAGGAGGACGAGGAGGCCGCCGCCCAGGCGGCGGACGGCCAAGGGGACCUCCGAGGGGACGGCAAAGUCCACGUCGAAGCCGCCGGCGGAGAAAGCGCCGAUGACCGGGACGCCCGGCGGCAGGAAGGCCGGCCCGAGGUGCAGACCGCGCCCGCGCCCGCUCAGCCCCCCGUCACCAACGGCGACAACGGCUGCCAGAACGGAACGGCCGAGGACCACGGCCGCGACGGCCCGGAGCUCGACGACGAGAACCGGCGCGGCCCCGUCGCCAAGAGCAAGGAGCUCGCCGCGGCCAAGGAGGAGCCCAACGCCAAGGUCCUCAACGCCACGGCGCCGCCCGUCAACAGCGAGCAAAAGGCGGGAAGCGCGUGAGGCCACGCAAAGAGGAUUAGAACUUCGCUGAGCAAGGAGCUCUGAGCACCCCGGCCCCUCACCCCCCACCACAGCCACCCACCGCCACACCCAAAUCCUCGUUGCCUCGUUGCCACCCGCCCUCACCCGCGCCCCGCUCCCCCACCUAAAAGGAGUUAUCACGGGUCACCGCGGUGACAAAAGUGCGAGCGAGCGGGAGAGCCGAUGUUGACGUAGAUGGCAAACCCAGCAAAAUGGGAGAAAUACUCGGAAAGCAAUAAUCCCCCCCCCCCACGUCCCCACGCAUUCCAUUCCCUCUGCUUGUCUGUUACAUUUUAUAUUGUCUUCAAGAAAAAUGAAAAGGUAGGGGGGAAACAUGGAUUUCAACCCCCCCCCCCCCCCCCCACUGUGGGAUAAAAAUGCAUCAAAAGAAGAAGGGAAAGAAAAGACAGUUAGUUUUAUAUUGACAGCCAUGAUGCUUUGUAGUUACCCCCCCCCCCCCAUGUCCAUCCAAGUAGAUUGGACUCCAGUACAUAGACUGACGCCCCCCCCCCUUCCCGCCCACCAAACAACACUGAAAUGUCUCCAGAUCUCUGUGUCGCGUGUUUAGACUGUUCUGUGGACAUGAUGAUGUAAAAACGAAAGAACCCCCCCAAAAAAGAAGCCAAUUUGAUUCUUUGUCUUAUUUUGUAAAAGCACAUCCUGUCACUGUUUGUUCCUCUGCGGCCAUUGACACUUUCAUGAUGACGACGGUGUCGGCCCAGUCUUCACGUCUGAUAGCUAAAAAAAAUGGGGGGGGGGGGGAGAAUAGUGGAAUAAAGAGGAAAAUCUAACAAGUCAA